ACGAAUCUGGGAGGAAAGUGAACGCGACGCGGUCAUCUUGAGAGUUUCCUCAGCCUCUGCGUCAAAUUGGUUCUUCUCUCUCGACGACGACGACGACGUUCCCUCUUCCCUCCCUCCGAAGGCUUCUCCGGCGCAAGGCCUUUUUGGCAAUUUCAAUUCCCAGACCUCUGGCAUGGGGAACUGCGUAGUUAAGAACCAAAAAGAUGAUGAUGCAGACAACCACGUCGAGUUUUCCGGUGGGAACGUUCAUUUAAUAACAACAAAAGAGAGCUGGGAUCAGAAAAUGGCAGAAGCUGGUCGUGAUGGCAAAAUAGUGGUUGCAAACUUCAGCGCGACAUGGUGUGGUCCAUGUAGAAUGGUGGCACCCUUUUACAUCGAGUUGUCAGAGAAAUACACUUCUCUGAUUUUCCUUCUAGUAGAUGUUGAUGAGCUCAGUGAUAUCAGCUCGUCGUGGGAUAUAAAGGCAACACCGACCUUCUUCUUCCUGAAGAAUGGGCAGCAGAUAGGCAAGCUUGUCGGAGCAAACAAGCCAGAGCUACAGAAGAAAAUAACGGCUAUCAUUGAUUCUGUGGCUCCGUCUCCGCAGCCACAGUGACCAUUUAAGACAGGCGAGUUGGCCGCCAUUAAUACCAUACCACUUUUCUGUGUCGUGUUUUGUGUGGUUGCUUUUGUUUUAAGGUUCUUGGCUCUGUAAGUUAUGUCUUGUCAUCUUAUUGUCCAUGUACAGAACAUGGGUGACAUUUUCAAUCCACGGUUGAUAUAAAGGAAGUCCUUUUCUUUGGUA